UCAGCUGACAGACUCGAGCCGGGGCUGAUUUGUGACUAGGGUCUCCGCUGCUGUGGAGAGAGAUGACAAGGGAACAACCGGACACAGAGAUCCGGGGCAGACCCGGGAGACCGCGUAUGCCGGGCUCCAGAGAAGGAUGUGGGUUUCGGCUGUUUGCCGGGUUCUUCCAGCUGCUGUUGUCCCUGACAGUAUUGGAGGCUGGGGCUAAGAAUGACUUCAGUCUGGUACAACCAAUAGUGACAAUGGAACAGCUGUUAUGGGUGAGUGGGAGGCAGAUCGGCUCAGUGGACACCUUCCGCAUUCCGCUCAUCACAGCCACUCCUCAGGGGACUCUUCUCGCUUUUGCUGAGGCCAGAAAAAAGUCUGCAUCUGAUGAGGGGGCCAAGUUCAUUGCUCUGCGAAGGUCCACGGACCAGGGUAGCACAUGGUCUUCCACAAAAUUCAUUAUGGAUGAUGGGGAGACAGCUGAUGGGCUGAACCUGGGGGCAGUGGUGAGCGAUGUUGAGACAGGAGUAGUGUUUCUUUUCUACACUCUCUGUGCUCACAAGGUCCAUUGUCAGGUGGCCUCCACCAUGUUGAUAUGGAGCAAGGAUGAUGGCAUUUCCUGGAGCCCACCCCGGAAUCUCUCCCUGGAUAUUGGCACUGAAAUGUUUGCCCCUGGACCAGGCUCUGGCAUUCAGAAACAGCGUGAGCCUCGGAAGGGCCGGCUUAUCGUGUGUGGCCAUGGCACACUGGAGCGAGAUGGUGUCUUCUGUCUGCUUAGUGAUGACCACGGCGCUUCCUGGCGCUACGGGAGUGGGGUCAGCGGCAUCCCCUAUGGCCAGCCCAAGCGGGAAAAUGAUUUCAACCCUGAUGAAUGCCAGCCCUAUGAGCUCCCAGAUGGUUCAGUCAUCAUUAAUGCCCGGAACCAGAACAACUACCACUGCCAUUGCCGGAUUGUCCUCCGCAGCUAUGAUGCCUGUGAUACACUAAGGCCACGGGAUGUGACCUUUGACCCUGAACUGGUGGACCCUGUGGUAGCUGCAGGAGCAAUAGCUACCAACUCUGGCAUUAUCUUCUUCUCUAAUCCAGCCCAUCCAGAGUUCCGAGUGAACCUGACCCUGCGCUGGAGCUUCAGCAAUGGUACUUCAUGGCAGAAAAAGACUGUCCAGCUAUGGCCAGGGCCCAGUGGCUACUCAUCUUUGGCGGCCCUGGAGAGCAGUGCUGAUGGAGAGGAGCAGGCCCCCCAGCUCUAUGUCCUGUAUGAGAAAGGCCUGAAUCACUACACAGAGAGCAUCUCCAUGGCCAAAGUCAGUGUCUAUGGGACACUCUGAGCUGUGCUCUACCCCAGGGGUAGAAGGUCCUAACUCUGCCUGCAGAACUAUGGAUCUAAGAGAGUCUGCUGGGAGUACCUAAAAGACAGUUCCAUCUUCCUUUGGAUUCUAGCCUUUUUUACAAAAUCAAAUUCUUUUUGACAGGGAAAUCACUCCAUUAGGACUAAAAGCCCAGCUUCCUCUCCCACACAGGAAGUUCUGCCCUUACCUGGGGGCACUUCUUUUAUAUAUCGAUGGGUAUGGAGUCCCCUUACCCUUUCUGCCCUUCCAGGAUAGUGACUGGUUCUUUUUGUGGGCAGGGCUGGGUUGGCCCAUAGAUUUGAACAAAUGUGAACUCAGGGAACUAGGAGAAGGCUGAGCUUUCUUUUAGGGGUUGGGAUAAAGAGGAUUAUGAAAGUCCCUAGAGGGCAAGAUACUUGGUUUCAGGGUAAGGAACCAGGUGUACCCCACCCUUUGACUAUUUAUGAAUGAAAAUCUUUGUAACUUAACAUUUUUAAUGAAAGAAAAUGAACAUUUGUAGAGUGUCUGGUUUCUGUCAGUGCACAUCCCCAUGUACAAUUAUGAGACUGGGAAAGUAUUUUGGGGAGGGAGCUAGUGUGCUUAUUGCUUGGAAAAACCUGAAUUUGGCAAAUCAAACCUUCCUUUCCCUCUGACAUUCCCUCUCAUCAUAGAAAACAGGUCCAUCUUAAUAGGUGCAAUGAGGAGUAGGAGAGAGAACUCCAUAAGAUAUUUUGAAACCUGCUCUGUUUCGUAUUCCUAAGAUGAGGUGGAAUACUUUUCUCCAUGAAAUAGGGAGCAGGUCUAUAAAAUCAGAUGGGAAGACUGUUCCAGGCCAGCAUGAUGAGAAGUAAGUACUUCCUUAACAAAUUAUUCGACAAAAUCACACCUUUAUUCUGAGGCAGAUACUACAGAAAGAACAGAGCAGCCUUCUGGUGAAUGGUAGAGCCUCAGCUUUACUCUAUGAGGAAUGAAAAUACAACACCUCAAUGGGAUGUUAAGAGUGUUCAGAGGGGGCUGGGAGUGUAGUCAGUGGAAGACCAAACCCAGGGUUUAAUUCCCAGCACCAUAAAUAAUAUUAAUAAUUUAAGGGG